AUGGACCGUGGCAGCCUCCUGCCCUUCCAGCUAUGGUGCCCCCGCCCCUUUGGAACCUACUCACAGAACCAGCCUCGCCCGCCCUCCGCUGCCCUCAAGCCGUCGGCCUGCCCAGAGCCGGGCAGUGGAGCAGAACCGGACCACGAGCCUGCCCACUCAGAGAACACGCCCCCCGCCCUGGCCCCGGAGACCCCGGCCCCCCAGCCCGCCCCGCUCCUCUCUGCGGCAGCCGCAGGGGACGAGGGACGAGUGUUGCUGGACACGUGGUACGUGAUCAAGCCCGGGAACACGAAAGAGAAGGUGGCCUUCUUUGUGGCCCACCAGUGCGGCGGGGGCAGCCGGGCUAGCUCCAUGAAGGUCAAGGGCCACUGGGGGAGUGACAGCUCCAAGGCCAAGCGGCGGAGACGCUGCCUGGAGCCCACCAAAGCCCCGCUGGACCCUGGGGGCCGCGAGGGUCUCCCUGCUGCCGAAGGGACCCCAGGCUCAGCCGGCGAGGACAUGGAUCUGCUCUCGGUGGCCGAGAUGGUGGCCCUGGUGGAGCAGCGAGCCGCCCUGGCGCUGCAGAGCUACCCCCGUCCAGGUGCCCCGGCGCCGGUGGUCUUUGUGGCCGCUGAGCAGGGAGGGCCGGCCAAGGGGCUGGGGUCCGAGCGGCGGCCUGGAGGUGGUGGCGGGGACUGCAGUCGGGUGGCCGAGGCAGUGGCCCACUUUGAGGCCCAACGGGACAGUCCUCCGGCCAAGGGUCUCCGCAAGGAGGAGCGGCCUGGCCCGGGCCCCGGCGAGGUGCGCAUCGCCUUCCGCAUCUCCAACGGCCGCGAGCCCCGGGCCCCGGACGGCGGCUUGGCCAGCGGGGCCGGGGGCCGGCCAGGCUGCACAUACCCCAGCAGUCCGGGCCCUGGAGCCCGGGCCAAGGACAAGAUCACCUGCGACCUGUACCAGCUCAUCAGCCCCUCGAGGGACGCCCUCCCCAGCAACGUGGAGUUCCUGCUGGCCAGGGCGGAUGAGGCCAGCGAGGAGACUCCGGCCCCGGUCCGGCCUGAGGACACGCCCCCCGCGCCCCCGCCGCCCCCCGCGCGGGACUGCGGGGCCUCGGGCUUCCAUGUGGACGUGGUGGUGACCGGCGUGGUGGACGAGUGCAUCUUCUUCGGCAAGGACGGCACCAAGAACGUGAAGGAGGAGACGGUGUGCCUGACAGUCAGCCCCGAGGAGCCGCCCCCUCCCGGCCAGCUCUUCUUCCUGCAGACCCGGGGACCGGAUGGGCCUCCCGAGCCACCCCCCAGCGACGCGCCGGCCACCGUGCCGGGCCCGGAGGACUCGGAGGGGACGGCAGACACCUCGCUGUGCCGCCUCUACCGCCACGUGUCGCACGAUUUCCUGGAGAUCCGCUUCAAGAUCCAGCGGCUGCUGGAGCCGCGGCAGUACAUGCUGCAGCUGCCGGAGCACGUGCUGGUCAAGAUCUUCAGCUUCCUGCCCACCCGGGCCCUGGCGGCCCUCAAGUGCACCUGCCACCACUUCAAGGGCAUCAUCGAGGCAUUCGGCGUGCGCGCCACCGACUCGCGCUGGAGCCGAGACCCCCUGUACCGUGACGACCCCUGCAAGCAGUGCCGCAAGCGGUACGAGAAGGGCGAUGUGUCACUGUGCCGCUGGCACCCCAAACCCUACCACCAUGACCUGCCUUACGGACGCUCCUACUGGAUGUGCUGCCGCAGGGCUGACCGCGAGACGCCGGGCUGUCGCCUGGGCCUGCACGACAAUAACUGGGUGCUGCCCUGCAACGGGCCGGGUGGGGGCCGGGCGGGCCGCGAGGAGGGCAGGUGA